AUGCUCGCCGACCCGGUACUCAGUUUGAUCGACACGGCCUACGUGGGUCGGCUGGGCAGUGUCCCUCUUGCCGCCUUGGGUGCCUGUACCAGUAUUUUUCACCUCGCUUUCAACGCCUUUCGUGCCACUACCGCCGCUACCACUAGUCUCGUCAGCAGUCGUCUGCAACAAGAUGAACAAAAGGCCAGGGAAGUGACGCAAACGUCCCUCUUACUCGGAGUUACCAUGGGCCUCGCGGUAGCCGUUACGCUCUGGGCUGCCGGUCGGCCAAUAUUGGCCAGUAUGGGGGUCCCGUCCGACAGCGUCCUCUUUCCUGACGCUUGCGCCUAUUUGUACGCACGCUGCGGCGCCGCUCCGGUGGUACUCUGGAUUGGUGUCGCCGAAGGCGCCUUUCGAGGCUACGGCGACACCAUAGUGCCACUCGUCGCCAGUCUCACCGCCGCCGCUAUCAAUCUCGUGCUUGAUCCAAUACUGAUGUUUACCUUGGGAUGGGGCGUGCGUGGAGCUGCUGCUGCCACCGCCUUGGCGCAAUUCGGAGCCGCAAUCGUGUACGCGGUACAGCUCAAGCGACGCAACAUGUUGCCCGCGCUCCGCCGACGAUCGCAAUCUUCUGUCUCUUCCGCCGCCACCGUCACCACAAAUCAAAAAACAGCCGCCGCCCCUGCAUUGCCAUCCACCUCCGCAUCUUCCACCGCCACAACCACAAGCCGCUGGGAUGUAAUUCGCACAAUUCUCGGCGCUAAUGUAGCCAUGAUGACCAAACAAGGUUCGCUGCUGUUGGCAUGGGCGUACGCAACAGCCAAGGCGACGCGUAUGGGCGCUGCGCAUGUGGCCGCCCACCAAGUGGGUCUUUCCGUAUGGCUCGUUUUUGCCUUGAUUCUGGACGGUGCUGCCGUGGCGGCCCAAGUCCUGGCUUCCCGGGCUUACGCGAACCGUGACCGGGCGGCUGUCCGCACGUUGCUAUGGUAUUUUACCAAAGUUGCGUUACUCCAGGGCGUCGUUUCCUUGCUGCUAGUGGACGGCUUGGACUGGAUUCUCCCGGGCCUUUUCACGCCCGACCGCACAGUCCAGGCCCACUUGCACCGUCUCGUACCGUACUUGGCGGCACAACAAGUGUUGGUGAGUUUGACGCUGGUCUGGGAGAGCCUGGCCGUGGGGGCUCAGGAAUUUCGCAGCCUUGCAGUGGGUACGACGCUCGCUACUGUAGCAAGCGUAUAUCAGCUGCGUCAACAAACUACGGUGGAAGGCAUCUGGAAGGUUGGCAUUGUGACAUUGUUUGCCGGGCGACUAUUGACUGCAGCAGUGGCCAAUAUUCGGGCGUACCGGAAACUGCCACGCCAGACAGCGUGAUUUUACGGCACCCCAAACGCCAAUGGUGGCAUAAAAGAGCGCAAGCUUGAAGAGACCACCAAGGAGCGAUUGGGGAGUGACGGCACGUGCGCCACCCCACAAAGGAUGGGUGCAUUCUUUGGCAAAACCAAUAGCUAGAAUAGCAGCCUGCUUUUGAUCUGCCCACGCAAGAGCUAUAUAGAAGAACAGGUCUGGGUAAUCCACU